AUGGAAGCAGAAGAUAUUAAUCUCGAUCAACAAAAUAUUCCAGUUACCGUAUUUCAGAGAAUUAUGGAACGUACAAAAGAGCGUGAAUUACUGAUUGAUAAGGAAAAUGCAUGGUUAGAGAGUGACAUAGGGGAAUCAAUCGUGCGAACAAGUUUGGAAAUGGAUUUAUCAAAUCAGUUAUCAAAUAAAAACGAACAAAGUAGUCAUUCACUUUAUCCAACUGAAGAAUUGGAAACGUUGAGAAGGAUCUCCACUGAAAAUCUAGAAAAUCUUCACUUACACUUUGUAAUGUUCCAGCGAAACUUUGGUUCACCGCUCAAUGGUGGUACUACAGAUAACAACAGUAACGCAAAAUUACGUGCUCGAUUUGCUGCUCUUGCUGCCAGUGUUGAAAAUUUUGAAUACGAAAUGAGACAUACACGACCAUCGCCUCCUGGUUUGAGCUCUGAAGAUAUGUCGCCCACAAAACUCUUCACUCCAGUGGCAAGCUAUCAUUCUCUAUCCUCAUCCAGUAAACCUUCAAAAAGUUCUUUGUCCCAAGUUAAAGACGAAAAACAAAUAUGCAUUCAUGAGGAGGAUUCUAUAUCAUAUGUUGAUGAAUCGUUCGAAAAAAGUAGCGGUGAACAGGUUACUACCAUGGCAUGUAGAAAUAAUAAUUCGUUAGAAAAGCCGACUUUAGGCAAUUUAUCACGUAAGAUAAGUGAAAAACGACUGCGGUUUGCAAAUCCCGAAUAUGAAUUAACUAUGAUACAUUCUUCACCUGACGAUUGUUCGACGUCAUGUGAAAAACUGGAUAAGGAUGAAAUUGUGCUGGUGCAACUGGAUGAAAAAAACUAUGACAAUCAAAAGGAUACUUCAGAAUCUGAGACUUUGAAUCGUCUCGAGAACGAAAAAUAUGGAAUCCACAGGUUUUUUAAGCGCAAAUCGUCAAGAUUAACGAAGGAAAGUGAAAAUGACAAUACCAAAUCAAAUGAACAAUCUUGGACGAAGUUAAAGCCUGGUAAGGACGAAAGUACAUGUGACGAUAAAAUGGUGACUGAGAAUCGUGCCACUAGGGUUUUUUUACGUGAUAAGAAAACUCGUACUAGAGAAAUGGCAAGACAGCUUGAUGAAAAAUUUCGCAGUGAAAAAAUAGAAGCAAGGAUUGCUCCUAAAAUUAGCCUUUCAAUUUCCAAGUUUCAGCAAAAUUCUUCACAGCUGCAAAAAUCCCGUGCAGAAAUCGAUAUUCGUUCAGCAAAUGUAAAAAGCUUACGUAAAAGAUGGGAGGUCUCUUCUGUUUCUGGUACUCCUCUACAUCCCGAUCAGGAAGAAGACGAAUUGUUGGAGGCAGCCAUAAAAAUGGCAAAAAUAACAAAGGAUAAGAGAUUGCGACCGCAAUCAUACUGUGAAACCAAAAGAAAGUUUUUUUUUUCCUUAAAAAACAGUACUAUCGGUGACUUUGUUUUAGAAUCAAGUCAUUAUUCAGAUUUGCGGCCAAUAUCAGCAGCCUAUUCGACGUCAUGCAUUCAGUCUACCGAAAAUGAAAAUCAGCAGUAUUCUUUUGAAGUCAACAAACUGCAAGAUGUUGAAAUACUAGAAGAAUUGCAUAAAGUGAAUAUUUCUGAUAAAAGUAGCAACGAACCCAGCCAACUUAUUGAUGAUACGCCAGACAAAAAUUCGUCAUUAAUGUCAGCGAUUCUUAAUACACCGGAAGUUCAACAAAAUGAGUCGUUUAAAGCCUUGAGAAACUCUGAAUCUGCCGAAGCAGCGUCACUCGCACACUCCGUUUCUUUUUAUCGGAAAAAAGAAAAAGAAAAUAGAACAAUGGCUGAGGCUGUAAUGCUUGGUCAGUUUACUCCUCCACCCUUUACUAGUUCAAGCAGUUUCAAUCAUUCUACAUCUAAAGCAAGUAUGAAUGAGCGAAUAAGCUUCGAAGUUGAGCGAGCACGACUAGAAAAAGCCAUCAGUGUACAGCAGGAACAGAUUGUACAAGCAUCUCGAGCAUUAUCAUUUUGUCACAGUACUCAAGAAUUUAAAGGCAGUCGUGAAGAGGUCGAUGCACAACGAGCACUUCUGAUAGCGACGGAACGAAGACGCGCUUUAAUUAUUGUUCUCGACCAUUUAAUUCAUAAACAUGCAACUGGUAGUAUCCAAUAUUGCAUCCCAGAUGGACCAAAAGGAAAUUUGACGUUUUCAGAUAUCUCUGUGAAACUUAUGCGUGACUUUGUCAAUGGACAUUUGUUAUUCUAUUUUAUUGUACUGAUACGAUAUGAAGAAACAGUCCAUCAUACAACUUUAACAACAAGUGAUGAAGGUAUUUGUUCUGGACGACUUGAAUUCCCACACUACAUCCAGUUUAGAUCACUUCCUCAUGAUUUCAAUUGUAAACUGGAAAUUUAUGCUCUUCGAACUCGGCGGGAGUUACUUCGUCGUGAAACUAAAUAUCACAUAAAAGGUGGAAGCUCCUUGAAAAAAUCUCACAAAUCGAUAUAUCCAUCAGGCAUGAAUUCGCUUGCUGGACCAUCUGCGGUAAUAGAUCCAUCAUUUCAGCGAAUUGGACAUCUUUCUCUAAAUAUCGCGAGUGUGAAUAAAACCAGAUUCCAGCUUUGUGAUCCACUUUAUCCACUUGAUGGUCAUGUUGAUAUGAAAGUUCGUUGUUAUGCUGAAGAUUGUGGCACUGUUGGCCAUAAAGGUUUUCUGAGUUUGUAUCAGCCAGUUCAAAACAUUGCUUCAUGGACUAGACUAUGGUGCGUGCUUUGGGAUGGACAGCUUCGUUUCUGGCGGUAUCCUGAAGAUGAGAGUACAAAGAUACCAGUUGUGAGUAUUGACUUAAGGACGUGCGCUUGCAAAGAAAUCAAACCUAUUCCUGUAGAACGUUGCCCGUAUCCAAACUCAAUGCAAAUUGAUGUCUGGCUAUCUGGAAAAGAUCCUCAAAAGCCAGAUAGAAUAAGAAUCCUAAUGGCUGCGGAUCGAAAAGACGAUAUGCUUUCAUGGCUUAAUGCAAUGAACAUCUCUCUUCGAAAUCUAACAAUUUGGUCUGGUCGAUCAUAA